GCACGUUUUGUAUUUCUACUGGACUUUAUUCCUCUUUCUUUUAUUAGAGUUGGUCAAACUCCGUUGCCCGAGCUGUUCCCCCUCUCUCUUUGCUGAUCUCACCUACUUCCACAUGGAAGACGCGGCUGUUGUGCACAGCAACGCCGCUAACUUGGCCAAUGGGUCGAAGGAAGACCACGACCUCACAAUGGCGUCGCGUGAGAGCGCGCAGCGCGAAACCAGCAUUCAGAACGAAGCCUACCGCCAGGCGCUGAGCGAGUUGGCGGGUGAGCUCUACGUCGAGGCGUACAAGAGCACGUUGCAGCAAACGCUUGAGAAGCAGCGCAAACACUGGAGUAUCAGUGGCGAGUAAAGGAUUGCCGCUCAAUGCGUCGUCGUGAUGUUCUCGCUGUUUGCUUCCGUCAACGAUCAUCAGCAGCACACCUGCUUGUACGAAAUCUCAAUUGAGUCGUUGCAGUCAAUUGGCUUCUAGCCGUGGCUGUUUCAGCACGUACAUGAAAAUGAGCUGCCCUUAUUAAUUUCCAUGGUAGCUUUCCUCACAUCGGCAAACGCUGUUUUAACUUUGCGUCUCAACUGUUCGGAAAGGAAAAAGAAGCAACGAAACUAUUGCUCGUGCCGCAGCACUCUGUGCAGGUCGAAAGUUAUAAAAAGGACGAAUCAAUUCUUCCAACUUUUCAUUAAAUAUGGAGCCGCAUUGUUGAUCUUUAAGCGGUGUAAUCGCAGCCAACCAACCCCCUAUGCUUUUCUUUGGGCUUGCCCUUGUUCUUCACGUAACCCCUUCUCUUUUCUUUUUUUCUGCAGACACAACAAGGCUUUUUUCAGCAUGAGAUCCUCCACAGCAAAUCCAUGUACGCUGGACACUGUGCGCUCCUGCGUUGCGUGGCUCGACUACGUUAGCGCCGCGCUCAACCCGGAGCGGACUCCACAUCAUUCUUGCCUCGUGCACGACAUGCACGCCCUCAUGCGCAGUACCGCCCCUCCACCGCCCGCCCUGCAGGAACAGUGGAGCACGCAGGUGUGGGCGAUGCCGGGUGAACCCUACGAAGUGUACCUCCUCCGCUGUCUCGCCCGCCAGAGUGGCGUCACACUCCUCUCCCCGCACUUCUCUUUUGAUUCUCCGGCAGUGGAAACGGUCGAUCCGCAGAUGGGUGCUGCUGGAGCCCAAGCUUUGUAUGCCGAGACGUGCGUUGUCGUCGGCCUGCGGGUCGAGCCGACCGCGAAGAACCUCCUGCAGACGGGCUGGGACACCCAACCCUGUCCGUACUGUCCCAGUGCCGACCCCGCAACGACUGCCGGCUUUCAUCCAGUUCUGCCGUUGCUGUACGGCGGCGACACGUGUGGACGCUGCGGCCGCGCCUUCCCGAUGGUGCCGGCCUGGACACGCACGGUGUACCUGGUCUUGCAGCACGGCGAUCGCACGCGGGCCGCGGCGGUAGCUUACGGCGAUGGUGCGCUCCGGCACCUCUCGCUGGGCGCCUCUAUCAACGCCCUGCUCUAUCGCUCGCAGACGGAGCAGCAGGAGCCGUUGCUGGUGGUUCACGCCGCGCAGCCUUCUGUCGUGCUUUCAUUACCCGCAGCUCUCCUCACCACCUUGAAUCCGAGUAGCACCGAAGCGUCUACGCCAACCGAGCAGCGUAACUUUUUCCGCACCUUCUACGAUCAAAUGCAGUCGAGCUUCGCGGCACAGAAGUGGUCCGGGCCGUUGCGAUCGCUUGACGAUGUGGCGAGAUACAUGGCACCGAAGCUGUUGGGGCAAACGCAAGCGAAGAAAGUUGUCCUCUUGGUGGUGAUGUACACGCUGUACUGCUCGCAGCACUUCCUCAAAGAUGCCACCCGUCGCCCACUGCACUUACUCCUCCUCGGUCCGGCAAAAACAGGGAAAAGCGCGUUGUUGUGCGGCGUGCAGUCUCUCAUGGGUGCCCAAGCUGACGUGCUGGACUCCACCGUUGUUCGAUGCGCGGGUCGCGGCGAGGUGACGCGGACAAGCGAUGGGGCGUCCUUUCUGUCAGCUCUUCCGUCGCGCCGUCGUGAUCUUCUGAUGGCCGGUCCCGGCAUGACCGCCACGACGCUGGUGCUCGAUCAUCUCCCCGCCUCGUCCUCCGCCGCCGUCGUGGCACCAUUGAAGGACGCCUUGGAGCGCCAGAGUGGUUGUGUGGCGGACAUGGAGGGUUUGGAAAGCUCCGUCGCGAUGGGUCUCCCUGUGCACAUCAUCGCAGCGGCUGAGGAGGAGAGCGGGAGUGCGGUGCACUUGGCUCCCUUCUUCCCCCUGGUGACAUCCCUGAUCCCUACCAGCUCCCUCGGCGAGUCCGCUUUGAUCAGUCAAGAUGUGGUGGCCGCGUCGCGGGCGCGGGCCUCCACUAGUCGGUCUACCUCCCGCGGCGCCUCCACUUCCUCUUCCUCUUCCAUUACGCAGCGCUCCGCGUCCCUCAUGCGGGGACCAGGUGCCAGUGCGCUUCCCGAACGCCUUACCGCGGACGAUGUGGAGUAUCUGCUACGCCGCGCUGCCGACCCUGCUCUGCUGAACGCCACAAUGGACUCUGCUGUGUGCUACGCUUCGUACAUGCCAAAGCUGGUGGCUGCGGCGGGUCUUGUGGAGGAGGCACAACCUCCCACCUGCACUUUUCUCCCUCCGCCCUCUGCCUGUCGUGGGUCGCGACAGAUGGAUUCACGUUUAGCGUCAGGUGCUGUGGACGAAAGUCUCUCCGCAAGCCCGCUGUGCUUUGAAUCGCACCUACGCGUUUUGCGCUGUCUUUCGCAGGCACGCCUCCUACUCGAGACGGCCGAGGAGGUGCGAGCGGUGGGGUGGACGGUGGAGAUGCGCGACGAGGUGUGGCAGCUCUACGAACACCACCUUGUCACGCUGGGCGAUCUCCUGCAUCAGCGCAGCGGCACGCAACGCGCUGAGAAUGCACGAGCAGCAGCGGCAGCUCGCGCGAUGUCCGCGACCAUACCCGGCACCAGUGACGCCGGAGCGUGGGCACCGUGGCCGUCGAGCGGAGGUGUCGGACGGGAUGGCAACCGGAUGGGAAAAAUGUCGAAGAAAAAGCGGCGUCUUCUCUUCGUCGAGCAGCUGCGCCGCUGUCAGUCGCUCCUCGGUGAUGAACGAGACGUGAUCCUGCCCGCAGAGGCAGCGCACAUAUACGCACAGAUGGGCGACAGCGCUGCUUUCGGUGACUUGCUGGACGUAGUGAUGAGUCGGCUGCAGGAAGAAAGCUUGGUGAUUCGCCGCCCCGGUGGAUGGCGGGCCCUUUAA